GUAGCUUCUAAUAUUAUGUGUUAUUUAACGAACAAUGUGCCUGAAACAAUUAGCUUAAAUGUGUCAGGUUCACUCACUUUUUCUACAACUAGCGCUAACAAGGUCUACAUAAACCCAGAGGUUGACCACGUUACCUCCAUAAAGGAGCGAUUUUCCGCGCUCUCAAUUCAAGCUAAACCUAUUCAGGGCACCUCUGCUGCAAAGUUAACCCCUGAGGAAGAAAUGUUUAUCAACCGUAUGACUGUGGAUGCACUUGUGAAGGCUACUGGCGCAGGAGAGAUGAAGGAAUCUGUUGUCACCUUGAAGGCGACGAUAACAGGCAUAAAUUCUGGCCAGGGCUGGUACUAUAUUGCUUGCAGAUCAUGUGUGAAAAAAGCUGAAUUCGAAAAUGGGGUUUAUGUCUGUCGUUCUUGUGGGACACUAGAAUACCCUCUCGCUCUGUAUCGUGUCAAAGCUGAGGUACAGGAUCGUACUGGUACUACAACUGUGGUCAUGUUCAAUUAUCCUGCCGAAAAUUUGCUAGACACAUCAGCCAAGAAGCUGCUAGGAAAAAUGAAGCCUGGUGAUGACUCAGUUCCCAAAGAGCUGAAUACCCUGUUAGGCAAAGAAUUGGUCUUCAAGCUCAAACUGGACAAGUAUAAUUUGAUUGAGGGUCUCCAGGAUUACAGAGUCUCGACAGUUUUCACCCCAGUGGAGGGAUUAGAGGCUGUGUAUGCACAAAAAGAGGCUAGAAAAGAAACUGCUUGUCAGUCAGGCCCUGCAACUAGUAGCAAUACUGUGCUGACAACCGAGGAUAAAAAGAAAAGGAAGCGAUCCUCCUGUGAAGAAGAUGCAUCCCAGGAACUUGGUGAAGAUGGAAGCCAGGAACUCAAUGAAGGCCAGUAACAAUGUGAUCUUGACAUCUAAGUGCUGAGAACGUACUUACAUUUUCAGAAGUUCUAUCUCUUUCUUGCUUGCAAGCUUGCAACUCUUUUUGACUAGAUUAUGAACAAAUUCUUAGUAAUGAAUUGCAUGCAAGUCUGCUGUCUAGACAUUGAAUGAAUACAAGAACCAGCUCUUUUUAGUUAU